AUUCCUGGCAGUAUAUCGAUGGGUAAUGGUUUUGCUUCUCCUCACUCCUAUGGUUUUGUCCCUCAAACUAUAGUAGUUUCUGAACAGGCUCGAGAACCAGAUGAGCCCAUGCCAGACUACGGAAGUGGUGGUGUUAAUGAGGCACCUACAUUUAACAGGGCUCGAACUAAUAGUUGUGUUGACAAAUCAUUUCAGUUUGGUCCAUGUGUAUCUUAUGACACUGACCACACCAAGAAACUGUUGUCUUCUGGUGUAAAUCAGGAUACUCCUUUUAUGUCAGAUGUCAUUUACUCUGCUUCGGAGCACUUUGCAAAUGCUCAGAAGUCGGAGCUCCCUUCACUCCAAUAUCAAGACACUGGACUAGGUGUCUGGGACCCUCCACCUGAAUCAUUCGAUUCUUUGGUCCAGUAUCCUCCUCUAUCAGGCCCACUCCCAUCACAUUGUCCGUCACCAGGGAGCAGUGGCCUUUUAGAAGAUUUAAUUUAUGAAGCUAAGGCUCUAAGAAAGUUGGAGAAUCACUCCUCUGCCUGGGCUACUUCAUCUAACGUCAGCCAUGGAAAAGUAACAGAUGGUAACUCAAUGGGGUCCCUUUUCAACAGGUACACUCCUACCACUGGAAGAUUGUUGGAAGACGAUGUGACUAUGCACCAUGUGAAAUCAGAAGUGUUUGAUCCAAGUUGGAUAGUGGGUGCUGAAAGCAAAGUGGACUAUAUGAGACCAGAUGCUAUACUAGGAUCAUGCUGGGUCGAGCAGAGUGGUCUGGCUUCGAAGCAAAGGGGCUCGACAACUGAUUCUACCGUGCCUCUUCUGGGCGACACAUCUGCUUCUGCUUCAACCUGGGGCUUUACUUCGUGCUCGUGGAAUAUCAUGCCAGCAGUCUGCCAAAUCUCAGACAUUCCAUGAACUGCCAAAACUCCUCAAUUUAUAACAUUGUUUGGUGUAUGAACCGAGGCGAUUAUGACAAUAACUCUCUUGUAUGUAAAAUUCCUUUGGUGAAACUAUCCUUCAUUUUGCCAAAGUCAUAAUGUAACCAUGUUCUGAUGCUGCCCUGCAACAUGUAUCACUGUCUUAAUUUUUGGACCAAGAUUUGGCUGUCA